CUCAUCCUCCUGUCCUGUCUGUCUUGUACUUGUUGAGACAGAGCUUCAGUACCUGUUUUCCUCCCUCUUUACCCCUCCUCCUCCGGGACUCGAGGCUUAUAAACCCCGGUCCUGCGCGCAGCCCUCCCUCUCUGCCGCGCGCACACACCAAGCAUGGAGGAUUACGAAACCGCCACAUCCGGAGCCUCGGAGACGUACCCCCAGCAGUGCUCUUCCCUGAGAAAGAACGGAUAUGUUAUGCUGAAGGGAAAUCCGUGCAAGAUCGUAGAAAUGUCCACUUCGAAGACUGGCAAGCACGGGCACGCUAAGGUUCACCUCGUUGGACUUGAUAUUUUCACCGGGAAAAAGCUGGAGGAUAUCUGCCCCUCGACUCAUAACAUGGAUGUCCCGAAUGUUACGAGAAAGGACUACCAGCUUCUCAACAUAGACGACGGCUUCUUGAGUCUGAUGGACGACUCUGGAGCAACAAAAGAAGACCUUAGAUUGCCGGAUAAUGAAGUGGGCACCGAGAUCGGGAAGAAAUUUGAUAAUGGCGAAUCAUUUUUAGUGACUGUUUUAAAGGCUGUGGGUCAAGAAGCUGUUGUUGCGACGAAAAAUUAUAACUGACAGUCGGAAACGCUUUGUUUUUUCCCACCAGUGUCUAAGGUUUUCUGUUUAGCUGAGAUUUUAGUUGUAAACAAACUGUACGUACCCCAGAAGUUGCAGUCAGGGAAUGCCGAAACACAGAAGAAGUUUUAAAUUUUAGGGCAAUUAAGGCAUAAAGGCGUGAAAUCUGGUUUAAAAAUCAAAUGUUUGCCCUGAUUCGUGGUUAUGUUAAAAUAGAAACUGAGACGACUCUGUUUUUAAAUCGUCAGAAUGACACAGAGAAGUGCAAUGAAAGAGACGAUCAAAGGAAAUCUGUGGUCAAAUAUGUGGACGGUGCGUUUCUAAAGGCAGUGGUGGAGCGUAACGAAGUAAAAGUAUUGGAUUUAAGCGUACUUUUACUUCUCUACAUUUGAGUAAAGUAUCUGUACUUUCUAUUCAACUACAUUUUGAACAGGACUGAAAAGUAAAAGUAUUUUUUAUUAUUAUUUUAGACCUGCUGAAAAGUCUGAGGGGUUUAUUUUCAAGACAAAAAAAACAAAAACAAAUAGAAACAGAUGAUUUAUUUAAAAAAAUGAUUUAUACAGUUGUUUCGGAUGCACAAAAUUCAGCACAUUUUUAUUGUAAUCACUACAUUUGAAGCUUUAUAAGACUCAGAAUAUGUGCAAAAUACUUUUUCUCUUUAUUCUUUAACCUCCUAAGACCUGAGUUUUUUCAUGGCUUUAUUAAUUUCUCUUUGUUAUUUGGGCUGAUUAGACCUGAUGAGUGUAAAAACAAAGAAUUAGCUUUUUACAUUAUGAGAAAAAUGAUAUCCACGUAAGAGACAUUCGUUCUACUUUUGAAUGAUUUUGAUAGAACAUUUGAAUAAUAAUUUGCAAAAACUAUUAAGUGCCUGAACGCAGCAACAUUUUUCCUGAGAAAAAACAAAAUGAGAAGCAACAAUUGUGCCUCUUGGAAUAAUGUCUGUGUGUCCCUCAGUCGUCCAGGUCUGAUCCAUCGCAAAAGACGACGUUUAAAUCUAUAACUGGACAGAUCGUUCUAGGAGUGAAGAUGUUUAACUGCUCAUCCAAGACGCUUCAGUUGUGUCUCAUUUGAAGAGCUGCAGGAAAACAUGAGCUUUUUAACAAAGUCCAUCUUGAAUCUAAACUAUAAUGUUAGUGUUAUACUCUUCUGUCACCUUUAGGGGGCAGUAUAAUGUCCUCAUAUGUGGACACCACGACUUUGUAGAGAAAAAAAUUGCAUUGUGGUCUAGAAAACGCAAAAAUGUGUUGACGCCAGGUCCUAGGAGGUAAAGCACAAUUUUAAAUGAGUACUUAAGUAAAAGUAUCACAAGCUGAGUACUCCCUCCACCACUGUCUAAAAGAAAUGUCCAAGAACCUCCUAUUGUCACGUGAGAUUUUCCAACAAUCUAAAACGUGUCAUUUUGAUUGCGUAUCAGUGGCGAGGCUUGUUUUUUCGCGGAUUUGUUCACAUCACCUGCAGCUACAGCAUCAUCCGCUCAAACAUCACACACACACACACACACACACACACACACACACACACACACACACAAAUAGGCAUUUUUAAAUUCUGAAUGUUUACAGUUCAUGUAAAUGUGCAUGUACAGUGUCACGUUACUGCAGCGGUGGUCGACUUUUUGCCACAGCUGUGUUUUUUACCUCGGCAUAAUUUAUUCAAGUAUUUCUUUUUUAAAUAAAGCAUGAGGGGACAGAAUCUCAAACGUACUUUACUUUAUUAUUGCCUUGGUGCAGUUUAUAAGGAGCAACGCAAACGACAACGAACCCAAACUCAUCAAACUCUCGCAGUGGAGGCUUCACGUUGAGUCGAUGGGUUGUGUCUAGUCUUAAAUGGGUUAUUAUUACACUUGAACACUGAUUUUAGCUUACAUUUUGUGUUGAUCUUCAAUGUUUUUGCUCGUUCUACGCCUGACCUUCACGCGACUACCUCUUCUCAGGACUUCAGGAGAUCUGUUACUGCUUUUUAUGACUUUUUCUGGUGUUUAAGCAUUUAUCUUUGUACCUAAAUUGUUUCUUUUGCUUUAUUUCUUUUCUGAAAUUGUGUUUUGACAAGGGCUAAGGCAACGGUUCAUCAGUAAAAGUUAUGUGUAUGACUCAAAAACUGAUGGAAUUUGGGAAUUAAAGCCGUACUUUUAACAUUUUUAUAAU